AUGGCUCCUCCCAAGUACCGCGGAGCCUUCUCUGUAGGCUUCAACUUCUUCAUGGACUUCGGCACGGUAACUGCAAACAUCGUAAACUACUUCGCCGCCCAACUUGAAGUCGACUGGAAUUGGCGUCUCUCGCUCGCUAUCGCAGGAGUGCCGGCGAUCAUUAUGACAUUCGGUGCCUUGUUCAUCCCCGACACGGCCCUCAGCUUGGUCGAACGGGGCAAGAUGGGUGAGGCUCGGUUGGCACUGAGUCAAAUCAGAGGGGUCGACUCAGAUGUGGAUACAGAACUAAUGGAGAUCAUCAAUUACAGCCAAGCAGUGAAAUCAAAGUCUCGAGAUCAGUACAAGAAGAUAUUUCAGAGAGAAUACAGACCUCAUUUGGUGUUGUCAGUGGCUGUGAUGGUGUUUCAGCAACUCACUGGUAUCAAUGUAGCGGCAUUCUAUGCUCCGAUACUUUUCCAAUCGGUUGGGUUUGGGAGUGAUUCUGCUUUGAUCGGAGUUGUCUUAAUGGGAGUGAUCAACCUCUCUUGUGUUAUGCUUUCCUGUGCCGUUGUUGACCGAAUUGGUCGGAAGCUUUUGUUAGUUCUUGGUGGAGUCACUCUGUUUAUUUGCCAGAUAGCUAUGGCUUGGUUGCUUGCGACAAGGGUUGGGAAUUCCGGUGAUGAACCCCUCAGCAAGGACACUGCUGUGGAGAUAAUGGUGUUUAUGUGUCUCUACGCCGCCGGAUUUGGGUAUUCAUGGGGUCCCCUUAGCUUCCUCUUACCAACUGAAGUCUUACCAACAGAAGUCCGACCAGCCGGUAAUGGUAUCGGUGUCUCUGUAAACUUCAUGACGACUUUUUUGUUAUCUCAAACGUUCGUGUCAAUGCUCUGCCACUUGAAGUUUGCUGUGUUCUUAUUCUAUGCUGGAUGGAUAUUGAUCAUGACCAUAUUUGUAUUGCUUUUCCUUCCUGAGACCAAAGGAAUUCCUCUGGACGCAAUGCACCCUGUAUGGGAGAGGCAUUGGUACUGGGAAAAGUUUGUAGAAAGGAAGACAUUGUCAAGAGAGAUGAUCGAUGAUGAUACGGAGUAUUAA